UUAGAUUAUUUCAGGGUUUAGACCUUCAGUGAGCUAACUAAAUAUGAGAAGAAAGCUAGACUUAUCUGACCUGACUGAUGAUGAAACUGAACAUGUUAUUCAAGUAGUCCAACGAGAUUUUACCCUCCGCAAAAAAGAAGAAGACCGACUGAAUGAAAUUAAACAGAAGCUUGAUGAAGAGGGUAACAAGUGCAGCAUCCUUUCCAAGCAUGAGAGAUUUAAUGAGCAUUGUUGCAUGCGUUGCUGCUCCCCAUUUACUUUUCUCAUCAAUACUAAACGACAGUGCCAAGACUGCAAAUACAAUAUCUGCAAGAACUGCAGCUCUUAUCAGAAGAAAGAGAAUGCGUGGCUCUGCAACAUGUGUCAGCAAGCUAG